CGUCAGAUAGGCUGCGAGUCCCGUGACAACGAGGCUGAGCGCAAGAAUGAGGAUGCCCGAGGGCAGAGCGAAGGUGCGGUAGCCGCGAGUGCUGGGCAUAGUCGGCACUUGAGGAGGAGAGAAACGUCGAGGGGGGAGAGAGUAGUUGCAAGUCACCAACGCCUCUUCUUAAGUAGCAAACGAUGCCAGAGAGGCUACUCUACGACCACCAGGCAAGACGUGCCCGCCCGGAGGUUGAGUCGCUCGCGUCCCCAUUAGCUUCAAGUCGCGUAGUUAGCGCAAAGACUAGCAUGGGAGCCCACGAUGCAAGUCACCGAAUAAGGCCCAUGGUCCGUCCGUCCUCUCGUCCGCCUCACUCAGAUCCCGCGUCGUCCGAAGCGAGGGCGUGCUCGGAGAUUGACGCCAACGCCAUGCGGCGCCACGCCGCGCCACGCUUUCAUGCCCGCUCGCCGUUUUCAAGAGGGGAGCAACAAGCUGAGAGCCACACGCUUCAAGCUGCCUUUGGCUUUGCACUCGGACAGCUGACAAUAUGUUUGGCAAGCUUCAAGCCAGCCUCGCGCUCCUGGUGAAAGAUAUGAGGCGUCGAUUGAGCGACAGAGGAGCUCACAGCGGAAGGAGCAAGCGCGAGAGGGAUUCCGCGAUCCUCUUCGAUGCUGUGUCGAGUGGAACGGCGUCACCUUGGACCUUGAUAAGUGCGAUCGGGCAUCGUCCAUGAUCUCUGCGCCGCAUAUCGCCCGCUGCAACUUCCAGCCACCUGAGCAGGACCUCAUGCUCUCGAGGCAUGUUGAAACAGGCAUCGUCGCUCAAUCAAUCCGCCGCG